GAGAAAAAAAGAGAAGCGCUUGUGACUGUGUCGGCGGAGCAAGCCAGCUAUAACCUUAACACAUAUCCAAAGCACACGCCAUGAGCCGGAUUUGAGGCUGAAAAAAGGAAAACUACUGGAGAUAGUGAGAAAAACUCGAUGAGAAGAGUGUUGGAGCGCGAGAGAGCUGCCUGAGACUGUUUGUCCAAACGGGCAGCGUUUCUCCAUCUAGUUCCGGUUUGUCUGUGUUCUGUGUGCGACUGGGAACCUAAACAAAAGGCUGCCACAAUCCAGAACGGGGAUAUUCUACAACGAAGAAACCUUCCCUUGUUUAAUGCAAACUAAACAAUGAGCUCAUAUUUUGUUAACCCUCUUUUCUCCAAAUACAAAGGAGGCGAAUCACUGGAGCCAACUUACUACGACUGCAGAUUCCCACAAAGCGUUGCCCGUAGCCACACGCUGGUCUACGGACCCGGGGCAGCUGCAUCGGGCUUUCAGCACCCUUCCCAUCAUGUCCAGGACUUUUUUCACCAUGGGACCACGGGGAUCUCCAAUCCUGGAUACCAACAGAACCCCUGCGCGCUGGCUUGCCAUGGAGACGCAACGAAAUUUUAUGGAUAUGAAGCUCUACCGAGGCAACCGCUUUAUGGUACCCAGCAAGAGGCAAGCCUCGCGCAAUACCCAGACUCUAAAUCCUCUAACGGCUCUAACCCCGGAGAAGGACAAGGCCACUUAAAUCAGAACUCGUCUCCCAGUAUUAUGUUUCCUUGGAUGAGACCUCACGCACCAGGGAGGCGGAAUGGAAGGCAAACCUACAGUCGUUACCAAACACUUGAACUGGAGAAGGAGUUUCUCUUCAAUCCGUACCUUACACGCAAGCGGCGGAUCGAGGUGUCCCAUGCCCUGAGUCUCACCGAAAGGCAGGUCAAGAUAUGGUUUCAAAAUCGGCGAAUGAAGUGGAAAAAAGAAAACAACAAAGACAAGUUUCCGGGCCAGAGAGGAGAGGCGGAUGCUGAUGCCGAGGCUGAGGCUGAGGAGGAGGGCAACGAGGACGGUGAAGGGGAAGAGGGGGAAGAGAAAGAAGCGGAAGAGAAAGAGAAAGAGGAGACCAAGGAGUGAUUUUAUGGUCUUUUUAUGGUUAUAUGGCAGAAAAAGUGGAAAAAAAGAGGAACCAUAUUGACGAUGAAAGGAGGGAAGGAGGCAGAGAGCGUCAACUUUAUGGCCACUGUUUUAUUAGUCAACAAGGAAAAGGAAAAAAAGAUCCCACAGAUAUUGCUGGCAUACUUAUGUAUGUAUUUCUCCCUCUUCACGAUGAGUUAUAUGGAUGCAAAUUAGUUAUUUUGUAGUUUUUUACUUUUCCUUACAACAUUUACAUUCGGCAAUAUUGCAUUUAGAAAAUGUAUCUUAUACGUGAUCUCUGUAUGCGUGAUCUCUGUUUAAACGCAUGUUUAAUGGAGUAGGCUAUAGGCCACUUUAGAUAAUUUAUUUGAUAAAAAAAACUGAUUUGAUGUAAUCUCCUAACAAAAGCAUAGCCAAACAAAUACACAUAGGCAGACAGGGCAAGGUGCAACAACACUUAACCAAUGCCAACUAAUCCUGUAAAUAGAAUUCAAAUUCACAAUGGACAAAUAGUUGCCAUUUAAAAUCGUAAGCAAAAUGUAACUCAAAAAUAUGUUUAAUGUUUAAUGUCAUGACAGCAGUGUGACUUCCGAGGAAAUAACAUUGACUAGCAGGCCCAUAUGUAAAACACAUUUUAUUGUUCUAUUCAGUUUUUUUUGUAUUAUACUUCAUUGUCAUUUGUGGUGAAGAGCCAAGACAAGGAUAUUUAGUUCUUACUUCAGAUAGGAUUUUGGUAGGAUUACCAAGGACAUGCAAUCGUUUUAAAUCCUUAAUAAAGAUGCUACCUAAACCUGGGGAAAUUGCAAUAGAGAUUUCUAAAUAGAGAUUUCAUAUGAUAUUGUUUUUAUAGUGUUAUAUUAACGUUAUAUUAUUCAGUUAUGUAUUAUUUACCCAAUAUAUACCUAUGCUUGUUUAAGACAAUUUGUGAGUCUUAGGAAGACAAAGUUAGCUAAAAGCCAAGUAACCGAUUUGGCAAGAUUGUACCAGGGCACAACCUACUAAAACAGAACUUUGCCUUUUACUGAAUUUGUAUUCCAUAAUAACGGCACUGCUAUGUUUAGACUAAAACCUAUAUUUCCCCCAACAACUAAAACUGCCUAUAGAAAACUUACAUGACUGUAUGAUAAUAAUACCUGCUACAAUUAGCCUACAACGAUUUUAAAAAGUAAUGCGUGUUAUUUUAAUGUGCUGGUGAUAAUACCGUAGUUUUUUUGCACUGAAUAUAAUCUUAAUGUACGUCUUGUUAUAUUAUUGAUGUGAACAGUAUGCUCGUUUGCUGGUGUUUCUCACGUGAAAGACGGAAUUGUGUAUCUCCGCCAUUGUUGUUAACGUAAAAAUACGAAUAAACAAGAUGGCUCACCAUCGUACCUCUUC